CUGGUGAUGUUGAUAAGAUAAGAUAGUACAGUAUUUAAGAUGUUGUUUACAGGGGAAACUGGGAGUUUUGUACUGGACUUGGUUCAAUUCCUCACAUUAUAUACAUUUUCUUGGGCCAUAAGUGGGAAAAUAAGUUAUUGAAUCAAGAUCACUUGAGGAAGCACAACACACAUGACGCCAAUAACGAAAAUGCCUGUAGCUCUUAUUACCGGUGUCACGGGUCAGGACGGGUCUUACUUGGCUGAACUCCUGCUUAGUAAAGGGUACCAGGUACAUGGUAUCAUUAGGAGAUCAUCAUCAUUUAACACCGGUAGGAUUCGCCAUCUGUAUGAAGAUCCCAAGAUUCAUAGGAAUGGGAGGAUGACACUUCAUUAUGGUGACUUGACCGACUCCACCUGCCUCGUUAAAAUCAUCUCUGCAGUGCAACCAGAUGAGAUUUACAAUCUUGGUGCUCAGAGCCAUGUUAGGGUCUCUUUUGACAUGGCUGAAUAUACAGGAAAUGUUGAUGCUAUGGGAACACUGCGACUGCUAGAUGCAAUCAGAACAUGUGGCCUAGAAAAGAAAGUGAGAUUCUACCAGGCAUCCACAUCUGAACUUUAUGGUAAAGUUCAAGAAAUUCCACAGAAAGAAACAACCCCAUUCUAUCCAAGAUCUCCCUAUGGUGCUGCUAAACUGUAUGCUUACUGGAUUGUGGUAAACUACAGAGAAGCUUAUGACAUGUAUGCCUGUAAUGGAAUCUUGUUUAACCAUGAGUCUCCAAGAAGAGGUGAAACAUUUGUGACUCGCAAGAUCACUCGAUCAGUAGCCAAGAUUCAUCUGGGACACUUAGAAAAAUUUGAGCUUGGAAAUCUUGAUUCACAGAGAGACUGGGGACAUGCCAAAGACUAUGUUGAGGGUAUGUGGAGGAUCUUACAACAGGACAAGCCUGAUGACUUUGUGUUGGCCACAGGAGAGGUUCACUCUGUGAAGGACUUUGUUGAGGCUGCCUUUAAAGAGGUCAGUUAACCUGUACUGUUGCUA